GAACUAGUGACUUCAUGAGUGGGAGGACCUGGUGUUGAAAUGCUGAGAUCCUGCAGUUGGUCUCUUUUCUGAGAGUGUAGGCGACACGGGACAGGAUGGAUAAAGUGGUGUUCUGCCUCCUGGUCCUGGCUGGUAUAUGCUGUUCAUCAGCUGAAGUGAAUGUCGAAGAUUUUUUUACAGAUGCAACAGAAACAACGUCUUUUCAUACAACUCCUCGUCCAGAAGCAUCGCACCCGCCUAUUGUAGAGUCCACCUCAGACACUCUAUCAGAUAUCUAUCCUGAUCACACAGAAUUCUUCACAACUACAACAUCAACGGCAGCACCAGAAGAAGCAUCUGUACCUGAUCCUUCAGCAGUGUUUCAGGAUGAUGAACACUCGAAUGAAGAAGAGGAAGAAGUAGCAUCCUCAUCAUCUGAAAAUGUUUGUGAUGGGGAGCUGUCACAUGCAGACAUGCAAACAUUUGAACACGCAAUGAAUGCAUUUAGCAAGGACCUUCUGAAACAGGUUGAGCUGGAAUCUGAAAGCCCAAAUGUUGUGGUGUCCCCUUUUAGCAUUGGUCUUGGUCUCCUACAGUUGACACUAGGUGCUGAGAAUGCAACAGAAAAGAAGAUCCUGGAGACACUCCAUGUGGAGUCAUUACAAUGUCUACACGAGAAGUUGCAGAAAGUCACAAAGCGACUGGUGGCAAGUUCUUUAAGUGUAGCUACUCGCAUGUACGUCAAGAAAGAUUUUCAUAUUAAAAGAAAAUUCCUAAAGAGAUCUGAGCAGUUUUAUGGAACUAAACCAGUGAACUUCAAGCAGAAUAUGCGGCAGACUCUGGAGGCUAUAAACAAGUGGGUUAGUGAUGUUACUAGAGGGAAAAUCCCACACUUUCUUUCCGAACUCCAACCAAAUGUUGUCUUAAUACUCCUCAAUGCUAUACACUUCAAAGGAUUGUGGAAAAACAGAUUUGACCCAACUAAGACUGUGCAAGAUGUGUUUAAUAUAAAUGAUGAGGAAUCUGUGAUGGUGGAUAUGAUGCAAUCAGGGAAGUAUCCACUCAGUUUUUUUCUACAUGAAAAGCUAGAAAGUCAAGUGGCCAGAUUACCUUUUAAAGGAAACAUGAGUUUUGUCAUAGUCAUGCCUCUUCAGAUGAACUGGAAUCUCUCAAGAUUGCUGGAUAACCUGAAUAGAACUGAACUUUAUAACCGAUUCCAUAAGGAAAAACCAACAAUCCUAAGAGUUCCCAAACUAAAUCUGGAUUUUAAACUGCAACUUAAUAAUGUCCUAUCCAAACUUGGACUUGAACAGUUGUUUACUCAUCCAAAUUUGAAAGGAAUUUCAGAUGAUCCAUUAUUUGUAUCCAGUGUUGAACAUCAGUCCACGUUGCAGCUGAAUGAGGAGGGAGUUGAGGCUGCUGCUGUUACAGCCUCUGUUAUGUCACGCUCAUUGUUCACGUUUAGCAUUAACCGCCCAUUCUUGUAUUUCUUGUUUGAUGAUAUCACAGGCCUGCCUAUUUUCUUGGGGUAUGUUCGCAAUCCUAAACCGGGGUCUCAAAAAAAGACAAAAGAUCAAUCAAUUAACCUGGAUUCUAGGCGCUUUACCAAGGGUUCCAUACCCAAAUAAGAUGUGUUGACCUAAAGAAGAGGUAGCUCCUGAGUCCUUAGUGGGGCCAUUUGGUAUAACUUAUGGAAUCUGUUAUGGAAAGACUAGUAGGUCUGAAUUGACCAUGUGUCUUUUCUGGCUCACAUAUGUCUUGCAUACUUUCUCACAUGCGCUUGAAAGCCAUACAACUUAAAAAUAUGGGACUUUGAUAAAUCAGUCAACCUUUUUAUAGAUAAAUAUUCUAUUUUGGAAAUAUUAGUCUCCGUGUUGUAAGGUCUGGGACACGACAUCUCUUUGGGAAUACCAAUAUUUAUCCUUUAUAUGUGACCAACUUGUUUGUUACCUGAUGAAUAAAUCUGUUGAAAUACUGUGUUUCACUCA